AUGAAGAGACAGUAUCUCCCUGUGGAUGCGCUCCAGGCAUGGGCAAGACUCAACAGCGUCACUUUUCAUGGUGUUGAGAUUAAGCAGCCUCCUUAUGACGGUGAAGAUAUCGACAAGGGCUCGGCUGUUCUUGCAAUUGGCUCUCCUAAUAGUCAGGAACCUAUUUUGGACGAGCCAGGCCUCGAGCCAGAGAUACUCAUGAAAGUCCCACCCGAUCUAAUCCUCUCCCAGGAAAGAGUGGAAACUCAUGCAAAGUCUGACAAGCACCUAAAGGAUGUCUUGGACGCAGUCGGUGAUUUUGGGAAGGGAUCUAGAGGUGCGAUAAUGAUAUUCUUGUUGCUCCAAAUCACGCAUUCAAGUGUAGGAAAGGGGGAACAAGUGGGUAUUUCAUCCCCAUGGACAGAGUACAUCAAGUUUUUCCCAGCGGUCUAUGAGCUGCCUACGUUCUAUACGCUGGAGGAACGCGAGCUACUACGGGGGACCUCCCUGGAGCCUGCCCUAGAUACAAAGAUACAGUCUCUCGCCCGGGAAUUCGACCAUUUACGAGAUAGCACGUUUAACAUCCCGUGGUGUCAGAAGGAGUGGUGGCAUCCUGAGACGGGACAGCUCGAGUUUGACGACUGGAAAGUAGUUGACGCAAUGUAUAGAUCUCGUGCUAUGGAGUUGCCAGGAACCGGUAAUGCAAUGGUACCUUGCAUUGAUAUGGCAAACCACGUGGCUGGGAAUAAGACCGCAGCUCUGUACGAGACAGACCUCGAUGGCAAUGCCGUGUUACAGCUGCGGUGGGGUCAACGACUUAAGGAGGGAGAAGAGGUUACAAUCACGUAUGGGGACCGCAAGGGAGCAUCAGAAAUGAUAUUCUCCUAUGGGUUCUUGGACCAAGGUUUGAAGAGUGCUCAACAACUCCUUCUUGAUCUCGAUAUCCCUGAUGACGACCCACUUAAGCCACCAAAAAGGGCUGUAUGCGAGGACGGCCCUGGGGUUCGUAUUUUCGAUGCGGGAGACGACCACGACCAAGAGACGGCUUGGCACAGCGAUUUUGUCUGGUGGAUUUGCGUCAACGAGGAGGAUGGAUUGGAAUUCCGGGUGUUACAAACAAACGAUGGGGGAAGAGACCUGCGGGUAUUUUGGAAGAAAGAAGAAAUAACCGGGGCUCGAAAACUCGGGCAAUUUUUAUCAGAGGAUUCAAGAUGGGAUAUUUUUCAGCUGCGAGCAGUGGUGAUAAUCCAGGAACGCGUUGCAAACCAACUUGCUCUGUUGCAAGCAGCUACAGAAUAUGUCAGGGGGCUAGCAGAUAAGGUGGAUGAUGUGCUUAUUCGAAGGUCCGUUUGGGAUACGGCUAUGAAGUUUCGGUCUCUCGAAGAGAACCUUCUCACGAAAAGCAAUCGCGAUCUAGAUGAAAAGGUUGGUUCCAGUCCCCAUUUUACAUAUUUUUUGGUAUUUGACACGUGUGAAAAUGCUAAUUCGGCUGCCGGUUACUUUCGCAGAAGCUAGAGUUGCUUGAAUCAAGAACGGUUCAGGCGUACCUUAAUUCGCAGUGUUCUUCUGCUGACAUUGAUGAAGAUUUCUCCUAAGGCAGCCAAUUAUCAGGCAGCCCUUGAGAUCAUCCAUGCGAGAUAUUUCCUUACGGAGCAUUUUAGCGUCCCGUUAAUUGGGCGUUUUCGUUUUUCCAGGCGUAGCUUGGCGUGUUCGAUGGGAUAUUCCAGAAAGCUAGUAUUCGUCAAUUAAUAGCGAAUAGGAAAUAGUUUAGGGGGCUUUGUCUGGACGAUACAGACAGAUCUCACCGUUAGCCUAAUUUGGUGCGAAAUUCCUGUUCGUAUGUAAAAUGAGGGUGCAAGUUUAGCCUGUAGUACUCCACACUCACCAAAACGGAAAAAAACGACCUCUUAACUCAAAAGCGGGUGAAUUUGAGCGGGUAUUUAUAUCUGGGAAAACGAGAGGAUAUUCUUCAGUCCGUGCCCGUGGAGAAGCACGUUUCGCGUGAUUCCUUAGAUCUGCUUAACUAGCCUCUUUAGAAAGUGUUCCGUGAACGGCGCAUUUUCCUUAUAAGGGGUGGCGGGCUGUCGACGAGACAUGAAUCCAUCCUGGCUGUUUGGCAUAAGUGCUCCUCCAUGCUUGUUGUUUAGGGAUUCGCGGUCCUAAUAGCUAUUUUUUCGAGGCGUCUCCAGUGGCAUCUUUGACCUUCCCCUGAAGGUGCGAUGGCACUAUGAUCUGGUUGGCUCAUAAGAAAAAUCAAGAGUCCCCAACCUCUCCUGCGCUGCCCAAUUAUGGGGAUAAUGGACCGUUUCCGACACGGUUGAACUCAAAAUCAGGCGAGCAAAUAUUAGUGUAGUGAGGUUGUACAAGAGUACACCUGCUGCGUAACGCAGCAACUCGAUGUCAAAGAGGGAGGCUCAGUUAAGCCGAGGGAAGGAGCCCAAACCUUGCGAUGCCCGUGAUAAAUGCAAGGAAGUCUUGCGUCUAGAAUGGCGCACGAACCGUGCAGAUCGCUCUGCAACCGUUGUUUGUCUGGCGUCUGGCAUAAUUAUAAUGAGUUGGGAAGCCGAUGCCGGUAACUCGGUGUCUUGGCUGGGAGUGAAUCUGGAUAUCAAAAAAAGUCCCAGAGACAGAGCGUUGGAUUCUGCUCAACAAGAUCGUUGCUCCCUGCCUUAGCUCGGGCAUAGCCUACUUUUCCGAGAAAUAUCUGUGGUACUCGUUAUUUUAUGGGGAUUUGCCGCGGGAAAGCAAAAGAACGGUAGGAGCGCCACUGCGGAUGAUAGACAGGGCCCGUGGCUCGACUAAGGUAGCGCCGAAAAAGAACGGUUAAGCUCUCGUGUCGUUGGUAAAACAGGGGAAGGCCCAGUGUUCUAGGGAAGAUUGAGACGAUUCCGGCCUGGUUCGAUAUAUGGAGACAGAUAAAGUCUUUUUCUGCAAGUCGCAAAGGUUAAGGGAAAAGGGUUCCCAAAAAGGUUAAAAAAUCAAGAAAUGUGGACAUCUUUGUUACUGGUUGAAAGUUGGAAGCUUGCUUUAUGACGAAAGGUCAUCGAGGGACUGUGCAGGCAGAAUGAAGUUUCUCCAUCAAACAGAGACGAGCUUAACGAGAGGGCUCUCCGCUCAUGCAUCGGAGCAGGGCAGGAUCAGGCUAAGGCGUGGCUGAUAUUCGCAUGAUUCUUUUCUUUUUCUCUGACUCUCCCCUCUCCUCUUCAGGAACUUGGGAGUCCCUUUUCUUAUGUUGCCAUCCCCAUUUCUUCAUGGUCUUGUACGCUCGCUCCUCCACCAUCAUCGACCCACGACGAAAGUCCCUCCUCGUGGUUUCAAGAGAGACAUGGCUCCAAGACGUGGCUCCAGGCCCGUGGCCAUGCGACUUGAAGCCACUGUAACUGCAACGGUCGAUGGUAGUACCAACAGCGUUUCAGUGAGCGUGACAGCUCUUGCAUCUGAUGGAGUGUAGGGAAGAACUCCAGGUCUGGUCAGGUCUUGUGCUGUGCUUGCAAGGGAUGCUGCAAGGAAGGUCAGAUCAUCAGAUCCAGAAAAGGACGGCAGAGGGCUGAGUUGCGGCCAGGCAUCGUGACUUUCUCGUCUUCGGUCUGUUUUACUCCUCCCCUCGUUGUCGUUUUCUGUUAGCUUUGGGUCUUGCUUUUAGUCCCGAGUCCCUCCCGGUGGAUAUUCGAUGUUGGAAGUUUCGACGUUGCCGAGCCGCGCAGAGACUCCGUUCGCCCGGGUCUUGGCAGAUAUGCUGCCCCCGAGGUCACUCGAGCCCUCACGGAGGAGAUGAUUAUUUGGGAGGAGGAGGAUGAUGUCGAUGUCGGUAGUAGCAGUGGUGGUGGCUGUGGGUGAGAAAAUGGCAAGAAAUUGAAGUUGAGUUAAGGUGUUCAAAAAGGGGGAUGGCCAAUUCGGGAAAAAAAGACAACAAGGAGUCAGUUGGAGCAAGGAAAGAUACAAAAUUAACUAUA